AUGAAUGAGCACUGGAAGCGCACCACGGAAAUCGUCCUAAAGGAGUUGACGAAAAUGACUAAAGACGACUAUAACGAGCAGUUGCGAAAGGCCAAAACCGUCGCGGUGAUGAAUAUCCUCAUAAAGGAAAAGCUUCUACCUCUCGCCCUCGAUGGCGUUGCGUACGACCGUGCUUCGUCGCUAUUUUCAAUGAAAAAGGUCGCCCCGCUGGUGACGAAGUUGAGCUUCACCGUAUUGGCCAAAUAUGGCUAUACAGACGACACAAAUUGUGAUGGCGUCGAGGUCCAAAUCCGGCCCGUCAACGAAGAUUAUUCGUUGACGACGGAUGAAGCUUUUAAAGCGGCUGGAGACCACAAUAUUAUUGAAUGGCUCGCGCUACUAACGUCACAAUAUGUCUUCAACAAGCCGGAAGAAUUCGUCGUAUAUCGCGACUCGUCAAUCUUCCUGUACGACCCGACGCAAGCAAAAUUCGCGCAAGAAGAUGUGCCGGCCUUGCCUGAUGGAAAAUACCUCGGAAUUGGGGCGUCGAAGUCUGUCAGUAUUGUUGAGGGCCCGGGGAGAAAAGGAUGCGGUCCAAUUUUGACAAUUGACGUCCUGAAAACGGCGUUUCACUACGAUGAGCAGCCCGCCCACGAAAAGUUGGCCGAAAUGAUGAAGGUUAGAGUCAACGACCUCGAAAAGAUCUACCAAAGAUUAGCUGCCAAACUCUCGGAUGCCGCUCAGCUGUUCAGAGGGCUAAGCCUCCAUACGACGCACACGAAGAAACCGUUGGAGGUGCGUCUGAAGAAAUUCUGGAACGGUCGUCAACAACCGUCGUUCGAGAUUGAAGGGCGAAAGCAAACGGUGGCUCAAUACUUUGCCGAAAAGUAUCAAAUAAAGCUAAAAUACCCCUCCUACUACCUCGUCGACGAUAAGGACCGCAUCUUCCCCCUUGAAACGUUGAAGUUGGCUUGGGUGUUUGAGGAAGCGAAGAAAGAAAAGAUCGAGUACACGCUAUGGCUGCAAAGCGACCGCCUUCACCUUCAUGCCGAGCUGAAGGCGCUGGAGCAAAGGCACCAGCUGCUGGCUCAGGACCUUCGUUUUGUGAGGACAACCGAACUCGGCAAGCGGGACACCUUCAAAAAUAUCCUGAUGAAGAUGAACUGCAAGCUUGGAGGCCUCAGCCAUAAAGUGGUCGAUACGAGUCGUAUCCUCAACCAGCGUGUCCUCAUCAUCGCGGUGGAUUUUUCCCAUCCGGCACCAACUGCCCCAGGCAAGCCGCCUGCAUCACCAUCAGUGUUGGGAUGGUCAGCAAACUGUGAACGCGAGAUGCAGUAUUUCACGGGCGACUUCAAAUUUAUCAGAAGCCGAGCUGCUGACGAACGCAGCACGAUCGAUGGGCCGUUGAAGGAGGUGUUCAAGGAAGCACUUUCGCGUUUCAAGAAAAGCCAGCGCAAUUUCCCGGAAUUUGCGGUGCUCUACCGUGGCGGUGUUUCUGAAGGCCAAUAUCCGACGCUGAUCAGUACGGAAGUGCCCCUCUUCGAACAGGCGGCAAGAGAAGUAAGCGAGUUCUUCCUGAACAGUCAUUACGCCUUCCAGGGCACCGCCAAAACGCCCAAGUAUACGAUUUUGAAGAACGGGAACGCCGUCGGGAACCUCAAAUCAAUGUCGGAAAUUCAGGCUUUCACCCACGCCCUGACGUUCAUGCACUCGAUCGUCAACCAGACAAUCACUCUUCCGGUGCCGUUAAAGGUGGCGGCUGAAUGUGCGAAAAGAGGAAACAACAACUUCCGCGCCGAGACUGAACUUCAUCUGCAUAAUGGUGUCGGGCUUGACGAUGUGGAGAUGCUCAACCGCGAGAUGGUAUAUUCCCGCAAGGAACUGUCAUCCAGGCGUUUCAACGCC